AUGGAUUCAAAUGUCUCUACACUUCAUGUUUCCUCUCUUUCAGAAGCUGGAGAAGGCCAGAAAGAUCAUGGUGCAGGGGAUUCUCUCUUACAAUCACAGUUUGUGCUGCAGAAAGAAUCCUCUCAUGUGCCCAUGAAUUUCAUUUGGCCAAAAGAGGAUUUAGUGAAAGCCAUUGAAGAGCUUAGAGAGCCAGUUGUGGAUCUUUCAGGUUUUCUUAAGGGUGAUUUGGUGGCAACUCAGGAUGCUGCAAUGCUCAUUAGGGAAUCCUGCUUGAAGCAUGGUUUCUUCCAAAUUACCGGCCAUGGUGUCGAUCCUCGUCUCAUCCAAAUGGCAUAUGAUCAUUUGGAUCGUUUCUUUAAGCUCCCGGUUAGCAUGAAACUUAGGGCUAAGAGAAUGCCUGGUACUAACUCAUGGGGCUACUCUGGUGCUCAUGCUGAUCGUUUUUCAUCCAAAUUGCCAUGGAAGGAGACAUUAUCCUUUCGCUUCUAUGAGCCUGAUGACUCACACCCCGUCGUGUUAGACUUCUUCAAAUCAACUCUAGGGAUGGAUUUCGAAGAGACAGGAUUGGUAUACCAAAAGUAUUGUGCAGCAAUGAAGGAAGUAGCACUUGCAAUCAUGGAGCUUAUGGCAAUCAGCUUGGGGAUUCAUGAUCAGCAGCAUUACAAACACUUUUUCCAAGAUGGUUCCUCCAUAAUGAGAUGCAACUACUACCCGCCAUGCAAAGAACCAGAACAUGUCUUUGGGACGGGACCCCAUUGCGAUCCGACAUCCUUAACUAUUCUUCACCAGGACCAAGUUGGCGGUCUCGAAGUAUUUUCCGACAACAAAUGGCGGACCGUUCCACCUCGUCAAGGUGCAUUUGUCGUUAACAUCGGCGAUACUUUCAUGGCACUAUCGAAUGGGAAAUACAAAAGUUGUCUGCAUAGGGCAUUGGUGAACAGGGACAAGGAGAGGAGGUCGUUGACCUUCUUUAUGAACCCAAGAGAAGACAAGGUGGUGAGACCUCCUGAGGAUCUUGUAUCUUCAUGUACUGGUGAUGCGCCAAGAACAUACCCUGAUUUCACAUGGUCGGAGUUACUCCAAUUCACUCAAAAACACUACAGAGCUGAUGAUGCUACCCUACCAAACUUCACCAAAUGGCUCCUGUCUUCCAAACCGGCUAACGUUAAUAAUAAUUAGUAAGCCAUGCAUGCAUGCAUGCACCUCUAUCUUAUAAUAUUUAUGGAUGCAAUCAAUCUACAUGAGUACUACUGAUG